AUGCUAGCCUCGUUGAUCCAGCCUCUACAACUGCCGUCGCCCAACAAAGAUGCCUUUGGCAUAGAAACACAGAGCUCGCGCACAAGGAGCAUGGACAAACUCUUACAUGACGUCGAGUCUCUCUUCGACGCUCCGCUGCGCCCACGGAGCCUGCAUGCCAUGUCAGAACAACUCCAGGCUGAGUUUCGCACAAAACUACAAUCCUCAAACAUAUGCAUGCUGCCAUCAUUUCACUACGCUUUGCCCACUGGCCAUGAAUCUGGCGACUUUGUCGCCCUGGAUGUUGGUGGCUCGACCUUCCGUAUCGCAAUCGUACAUCUCAGUGGGAAGGAGUCGGCCAGAGAGGGAAUGGACAUCAAGAGAAUGAAGAGCUUCGUCAUAGACGAGCCCAUACGGGACUUGAAAGGAAAGGCUUUCUUUGACUGGAUGGCCGCCAGGAUAGAGGAAGUCCUUGGCUCCGACAAGAGUGCUACUGUACCACUGUCCAUGGCAAUGUCAUGGUCGUUCCCUAUCGAGCAGACCUCUACGCGCAGUGGAUCUAUCCUGACCAUGGGCAAAGGGUUUCGUGCCACCCAUGGCGUUGAAGGCCAAGAUCUGUAUGAGCUUCUCAUGGACUCUUGCAAGCAACGGAAUCUCCAAGUUCAACUCCAAGCAAUCAUCAACGAUUCUUCGGCGACACUACUCUCACAGGCCUAUCGGGAUCCCUCGACACGGCUUUCGCUCAUCUUGGGCACUGGCAUGAACUCGGCUAUAUAUCUACCGGUUUCUGCACUAUCGCAAGACAAGUAUGGAAGUCGCUCAGAGGAUUGGCACGCAUCGGCCAAAGAUGUGCUAGUCAACACCGAGCUCAGUAUGUUCGGAAAGGACGUGCUUCCAGCCUCGAGAUGGGAUCAAUAUCUGAAUGCUACCCACCACAUGCCAGACUUCCAACCGCUUGAAUACAGAGUCAGCGGAAGAUAUCUCGGCGAAUUGGUGCGCCUCAUAUUGAUCGAAGCUAUCGAGACUGCCGAUCUGUUCAGUGGCAUGAUGCCGGCCAAGCUUCAGGAGCCGUACUCACUAGACACUGGGACAAUCGCAGUGUUCGAGAGUGACUCAACUUCCACUCUGUGCAAGGCUGCAAUUGCUUUCGCCUCUGCGCAUCCAUUACCGGCUGGUCGUAUGCCUUCAACCAGAGACCUCUACUUUGUCAAACAAGUCAGCCGGCUUGUAUCAGGACGUGCAGCUGCACUGGUGGCUACAGCCGUUCAUGCGCUCUGGUCGCUUCAACACAGCCUUGUAGCUUCGCCCAAGACUGUUGACACACAGCUUGCACAGCAACCUCGAACGCAUGCAACAGUAGCUUGCAACGGAACAGUGAUGGAGAAGUAUCCUGGCUUCCGCUCGAGGUGUCAAAACCACCUCGAUGAGCUGGCCAUCAUGAGCGGACAGAGUCGGGGAGCCAUUUCGAUCGAGAUGGCUCCAGAGAGUUCGGUAUUUGGCGCAGCUGUCGCAGCCGCGUCAGAGUCCGAAGUUUAG